UACCUCGGGCGUGCGAGGGCUACGCGCAUGCGCCGCGCGCAGCUGUCAUCAGCGCACGGAAGAAGUCGUCCCGGGGAGAACGAGGGGUGGAAGCUUGGGAGUGUUCCUUCAGUCUGGGCAGCAGGGGCGAGAACGCAUAUCCGGCGCGCAGCGCAGUCGGCUGCCUCUCUUCGCUGCAGCCGCCCGAUCCUUUUCUCUCGGACAGCUGGAUUGAAAACAAACCACAAUGGCGACGGUCACGUCUGAUAGUCCUCCAAAUCCAAGUUGCAAAAUCAUGACUUUUAGGCCUUCAAUGGAUGAAUUCAGAGAGUUCAACAAAUACUUAGCAUACAUGGAAUCGCAAGGUGCUCAUAGGGCUGGAGUUGCAAAGGUUAUCCCACCAAAGGAAUGGAAGCCAAGAAAACAUUAUGAUGAUAUUGAAGACCUGGUGAUUCCUGCUCCAAUUCAGCAGAUGGUCACUGGCCAGUCAGGGCUCUUCACACAAUAUAACAUUCAGAAAAAGCCAAUGACAGUGAAGGAAUUCAAGCAGCUGGCCAACAGUGACAAAUACUGCACCCCAAGAUACAUAGAUUAUGAAGAUCUGGAGCGUAAAUACUGGAAGAACUUGACUUUUGUGGCACCAAUUUAUGGAGCAGAUAUCAAUGGGAGCAUUUAUGAUAAAGGUAUUGAGGAAUGGAAUAUUGCUCAUCUUAAUACAAUAUUGGAUGUUGUAGGAGAAGACUGUGGAAUUUCUAUUGAGGGUGUGAAUACCCCAUACCUGUAUUUUGGCAUGUGGAAAACAACAUUUGCAUGGCACACUGAAGAUAUGGAUCUCUACAGCAUUAAUUAUCUCCAUUUUGGGGAGCCGAAGUCAUGGUAUGCAAUCCCUCCAGAGCAUGGGAAACGGCUUGAACGACUGGCUCAAGGAUUCUUCCCAAGCAGCUCUCAUGGAUGUAAUGCAUUUCUUCGCCACAAGAUGACUCUGAUUUCUCCCUCAAUACUGAAAAAGUACGGAAUUCCUUUUGACAAGGUUACACAAGAGGCAGGGGAAUUUAUGAUCACUUUCCCAUAUGGAUACCAUGCAGGAUUUAACCAUGGCUUCAACUGUGCAGAGUCAACAAACUUUGCAACCAUCAGAUGGAUUGAUUAUGGAAAAGCAGCGAAGUUGUGCACCUGCAGGAAAGACAUGGUCACAAUUUCCAUGGACGUUUUUGUGAGAAAGUUUCAGCCAGACAGAUACCAGCUGUGGAAGCAAGGCAAAGAUUUAUAUACCAUUGAUCAUACAAAGCCUACUCCUGAAUCAACACCUGAAGUAAAGAUGUGGCUACAGAGAAGAAAGAAAAUAAGGAAACUUUCCGACAGCAGCUUCCAGCACAACAGAUCUCGAUCUAAAAAGCUUAAAACUCCAGGGGACAAGAGACAAUCUGCUAUGGCAACUGGUGCAGAAAUCAAAGAGACUGAAGCAACUACUGAUGGCUUCAAGGUCAAUGAAAAACCAGAUGAAAAAGUGAGUCCGCUAAAUACAGAAGUGCCUUCUGGAGAAGAAGAAAGCAGUAGCAGAAUGCAGCUGGAUCAACAUUUAUUGGAUAAUGUCAAGGUUGCAGGAAGCAUCCUUUCAGACUCAUUUUCCUGUCCUGUUCCUUUACGAAUGGAACCAAAAGCUGAUGAGGACAAGGAGGAUUCCAGUGACUCUCUCGUUGCAUUUGAAGAUUCAGGGGCCUGUGUGCCCAUUUCAACCAGCUGUAAGAAAGAAGAGGGUUUGAAAACUCAGUAUAAGUCUAAAUCAUCCAUACCAUACCUGAAGUGCCAGGAACAUAAUUCUGAGGCAGAAAGCCCAGCUAAAAAGGUGAAUGUCUCUACAGAGGAUGAUGUCAGUGACCUAGAAAGUGGAAGUAGCUUGAGUCGUGGUGAACUGCCAGUUGCAAAAAGGAAUGAAGAUGAUGACAUGGAAACAUCCAAUUCAUCAGAAGCUGAAGGAAAGAAAGUAUCUAAGAGCUGGCGUCAUCCACUAAAUAAACCCCCAGCUAGAUCUCCAAUGACUUUGGUUAAACAGCAAGCAACUAGUGAUGAAGAACUGCCUGAAGCUGCAUUUACUGAAGAGGAAGUUCAAGAGACAGAGACAUGGGCUAGGCCUCUUGUCCACCUUUGGCAGACAAGAACACCUAAUUUCAAUGUUGAAAAAGAAUACAAUGCAUGUUGUGCAAAAAAGGAGCCCUACUGUGCAAUUUGCACUCUUCUCAUGCCAUACUACAAGCCAGAAAAUCUUGAUGAAGAAAAUUCUACUUACAAGGAAUCAAACUUAGAAGAAAAACUAGUGAUUGAAAAUGAGAAGUCUAGACCUCUUAUUCCAGAGAUGUGUUUUAUUUAUAGCGAAGAAAACACUGAAAACUCUCCAUCAAAUGCCUUAAUUGAUGAGGAUGGAACAAGUCUUCUUAUUUCCUGUGCGAAGUGUUGUGUACGAGUACAUGCAAGUUGCUAUGGUGUUCCUUCUCAUGAAAUCCAUAAUGAAUGGUUGUGUUCUCGAUGCAGAACAGAAGCAUGGACAGCUGAAUGUUGUCUCUGCAACUUGAGAGGUGGUGCAUUAAAACAAACUACUGACAAGAAGUGGGCUCAUGUAAUGUGUGCAAUUGCCGUUCCAGAAGUCAGAUUUGGUAAUGUCACAGAACGUACACCGAUAGACACUAGCAGAAUACCUUUACAAAGAUUAAAAUUGAAAUGUAUUUUCUGCAGACAGAGAGUUAAGAAAACCUCUGGUGCCUGCAUUCAAUGUUCAUAUGGACGCUGUCCAGCCUCCUUCCAUGUGACCUGUGCCCAUGCUGCAGGAGUGCUGAUGGAGCCUGAUGACUGGCCGUAUGUUGUCUACAUCACUUGUUUCAGGCAUAAGAUCAACCAAAAUGUGAGAACUAAAGCAUGUGAGAAGACCAUUACAGUUGGGCAGACAGUCAUCGCAAAACAUCGGAAUACAAGAUACUACAGCUGCAGAGUCAUUGGAGUGACAUCGCAGCUUUUCUAUGAAGUCAUGUUUGAUGAUGGCUCUUUUAGUCGGGAUACUUUUCCUGAAGACAUCGUGAGCAGAGAUUGCCUAAAGCUGGGCCCACCUGCAGAGGGAGAGGUUGUUCAAGUGAAGUGGCCUGAUGGAAAGCUGUAUGGUGCAAAGUAUCUGGGACCAAACACAGCUCACAUGUAUCAGGUUGAGUUUGAGGAUGGUUCUCAAAUAUUAAUGAAGAGAGAAGAGAUCUAUACUCUAGAUGAAGAGCUUCCUAAAAGAGUGAAAGCCCGUUUUUCUACAGCGUCUGACAUGAGAUUUGAAGACACGUUUUAUGGAGCGGAUAUUAUCCUGGGAGAAAAGAAGAGACAGAGAGUACUGAGUUCCCGUUUUAAGAAUGAGUAUGUGGAUGAUCCAGGAUACCGCACCUUCUUAAAAAGCUCGUUCCAGAAGAAGUGCCAGAAGGGGCAAUAAGGGGAGUAAUGAAGAGAUGAAGACAGACAGAAAGACACACACACACACUGUUUUAGACUGGUUAUAGGUGACUAAAAAGUCAAGCAGCAUUAGUUGCGAUUGGUUUUGAGUUAAUUAAGCACUUGGUUUUACAGUGAGGCAGUUUAUAUGUAAGCCUCGUCAGAUAAAGUACUUGAGUUAUUACUUCUUCAGUUAAGUAAUAAAGAUUUUGUAAUACUUUUCAUUUUGAAACUAGGAGGGAAAACCAAGUGAGAGUAAAACGGAUUACACAGCGAUAGACUGAAGAAAAUUUUUGUUUGAAGUUAGUGGAAAAAUUCUCUUUGAGUAAUAGAAGAUUCACAGUUAGAAGAGGAGACACUUUAAUAAACAGAGACAAUUGCACUAGCUCAUUUUUUUUCUGCCAAUAGGGAAGGAUGUUAGAUUUAAUAAUAGCAGUUUUUGUAAAACAUUUUUUAAGCAAAUACAAAUAUGUACGGGAUUAAGACAAACAAAAUCAGUUUUGAUUCGUACAGUGCUCUUCCUUUUUAUGUCACUACUGCUCUCAGUAGGGUUUGAUGUGGACUCAACUGUUGACUUAAAUAUUUUUGGCUUUUCAGAAAGGUAUCUUCAGCACAGUAAUGAUUUUUUGUACAUUUAAAGAGGCAGAUUUCUGCAAUUAUUUUUGAACACGUUUUUCAUAAGAUCUAUAAAAUAGCUAUUUGUAAAAUAUAAUUUUCUUUCAUUUUCUGUAUUGAAAAUUAGAGUUUAAAAAUAUAUGCUUAACAGGCUAGUUUUGAA